AUGUCUACACCGGUCAGAGCUAGAAAGAAGAAGGGAUCCACAGCUUCGGCGUUGGAUGCGGCAGCGGCGGCCCCAUCCCAAACCCUAGGUCGUGGUGGUGGCUCGGCGCUGGGGGCUCUCUCCCUUGAGCGUGGUGGCGGCGCGGUGCUGGUGGCCCGCUCUCUCGGUCGUGGUGGACGUGGUGGCGGCUCCGCAGCAGCAACGACCCGCCCAACCUCCAUUGGCGUCGACAAGGGCACGACGACGGCGCCAGUCUCCAUUGACGACGGAUCCAACGGAUGUGGCUUCCCCAACUCUUCGGCGUUCACCAAUGGAUUCCCGUUCCCUCCUUCUGUUUCCUACUGUUCUUGA